CGCCCCUUCAAACUAUCUAUCGCCAAUCUUGACCACAACAAGGAGAAGCGAUACAUAAUAGGAACGCCAUGCGAGAUAAGGUUGGUUGGUAGCUCCACCGCGGCACGAAAAUCGUAUAAUUGUUCAGUCCUGUCGAAUAAAACCGCAGUCCUCACUGAGCGGUAAAGCCCGGAUGCAAGCCAUGAUUUAUUCUCCAGACGGAUGAUAGGAAACAAGCCCAAGGCGUUAUUGCGGCGUUUGUCUUAGAAAUGCGUCUAACUUAAGGUACCUAGCUUGCACGCUAGAUGAGACCGGCCAAACCGGUAUCUGUAGUUCAACACUUAGUCUGUGUGAAAAAGACCGAGAGUUGCGGUUUAGACAGUAGGUAUCUAACGAUAAGCCUCUUCGCUAUCGUCCGACGGCCAAUGAAUAACCCGAAGGGCUGUUCGAUAGAUACCUAUAUAAAUAGCUGUUAAGACUGGUGUAGCAGUUCCUAUCAACACGUAUAACAUCAUGCUGCUCAUUGGUAUUGUCCUGGCUGCUUUGCUGGGAAUGGCCCAGUCGAUGGCUACUAAGGCUUCAGCGAAACAUCACGGGGGCAGUGGUGGUAAAAUAGCACCCAAAGUCGUAAUUAUCAGCAUGUUCACUCCGGAAGCAGAUGUAUGGUACGCCAAUUCUGCCAACAGCUCUAUCGGCUCGCUCUUCGCGCAGAACAUCUCCGUGCCGGGCCUAUCCCCGCUAUUCCCCUACGUGCACUGCAACGCGCGCGGCGAAGUCUGCCAGCUGACCAUGGGCGAAUCGGAGAUCAACGCGGCGACGUCCGCGGCGGCGCUCGCCUUUUCGGGCCUGUUCGACCUGCGCGGGACGUACUUCCUGCUUGCGGGCAUCGCGGGCGUGAGCCCGAAGCUCGGCACCCUCGGCAGCGUCGCGCUGUCGCGCUUCUCCGUCCAGGUCGCCCUGCAGUACGAGCUCGACGCGCGCGAGAUGCCCGCCAACUUCUCCACGGGGUACUUCCCGUACGGCGCCGACGCGCCCGACCGCUACCCCGCCACCAUCUACGGCACCGAGGUCUUCGAGGUCAACGCGGCCCUCCGCGACGCCGCCGCCGAGCUCGCGCGCGCCGCCCACCUGGCCGAUUCCCCGGCCAGCUCCGACUACCGCGCCCUGUACGCCGCGAGCGGCGAGGUCUACGCGGCUGCUACCGGGAGCCCCAGCGUUAUCAAGUGCGACUCGGCCACCAGCGACGUGUACUACUCCGGCGCCCUGCUAAGCGAGGCGUUCGAGAACACGACGAAGCUCUGGACGAACCAGAGCAGUAUCACGUACUGCAUGUCGGCGCAGGAAGACAGCGCGGUUUUGAACGCGUUGAUGCGAGCUGCCGUCUGGGACCUCGUUGAUUUCUCCCGAAUAAUCCUGAUGAGAACCGGUUCCGAUUUCGAUCGACCCCCGUCGUCGGUUAGCGCUUUCGAUCAUCUGCGCGUUCUCGACCAAAACGGGUUCGACAUCGCCGUCCAGAACAUUUAUCUCGCCGGCGUGGAGAUUGUUAAAGGUAUCGUAGACGGUUGGAACUCUUCCUACGCCUCGGGGAUCAAGGCGUCCAACUAUAUAGGGGAUAUCUUUGGCACGCUAGGGGGAGAACCGGACUUCGGCCCGGGCAGCAUCUUUGGCGGGGUAGGCUUUUCGACGGCGUCAGGUACCGAAGUGGGCCUAUCGAAGAGGGCUGUUCUCACAAAAAGGGGAGGUAGGAUGGCGGGCGGGUGGAAAUAGGAUUAGGUACUAAUGAUUAAAUUAUUGAUAUCCUACAAGCAUCUGUAUACAAUGUCCUCAAGGGCGAGGAGGGCACAAGCAUAGAUAUACCCCACUUAUAUCAACAAAUAAAAGCUCUCAAAAGGUCGUGAUAUACUACUGUCUUGAGCAUAGAUCGAA